UAAGAACAUGUUCUUGAGUGUGUGCAAAGGUGUGAACAAUAAGCCGAAUAGUAGGAAGGGAAAACCCUACGAAGGGGGCAACCAAGAGAGCUAAGUCCAACUCUGGAACUUAGCUCGGGCUUCCUAUUCUCUUUAAGUUGCAUGCCAUAGUGUCCUCAUAGUCUUCUUGCUAGCUUUCUGUUGGUAAGAAACAGGCAGUGCUUAGAGCUAGCUUGUUUAGGUUUAAAGGAAGUGUCUGCUAUAUAUAUGUCUAUCUAGCGUCGAGUGGUAGAAAGUGUUGCCAUUUCUAUCUUCAGUAAUCAGUAGAAACCCAAACCAUUUAGCUAGCACCAAUCAGUAAGUCUGGCCAUACUUAUCAGCCUUUAGGGUUUAGUAAGUUCUUGAUAAUUAGAAGUAGGCGAGCACACUUGAGUUAGAUACUGGGCACAUCCAGCGAGCUCGAUAUGGAUGAGAUCAGAAGUGAUGAUAUAGAGAAGCAGGAUGAAGUUAUGUUACCUGGUUUCAGGUUUCAUCCAACAGAUGAAGAACUCGUCAGGUUCUACCUCAAAAGAAAAAUCCAGCAGAAGUCUCUUCCCAUCGAGCUUAUUAGGCAGCUAGACAUCUACAAGUUUGAUCCAUGGGAUCUCCCAAAACUAGCAAGUGCAGGAGAGAAGGAGUGGUAUUUCUACUGCCCAAGGGAUAGGAAGUACCGGAACAGCACAAGGCCGAACAGGGUAACAGGAGCAGGCUUCUGGAAGGCCACCGGAACUGACAGGCCAAUCUACUCCUCCGAUGGAAGCAAGUGCAUAGGCUUGAAGAAGUCUCUCGUCUUUUACAAGGGCAGAGCGGCCAAAGGCAUCAAAACUGACUGGAUGAUGCACGAAUUCCGUCUGCCAUCACUCACCGACCCCUCAUUGCUGCAGAAAAAGCCACUGGAGAAGACCAUUCCACCAAAUGAUUCCUGGGCAAUCUGCAGGAUUUUCAAGAAAACCAAUGCCACUGCUCAGAGAGCGAUCUCACACUCAUGGGUCUCUCCUCCCUUACCGAGCACAAACGGAACCUACAACCCUCCCCACUUCCAUACCACACAUAGAAGUCGACACAGCACAGAGAACACAUUGUCCACAAUGACCAACAUCAUGUCCUCCAACAUCCAAUUCACUGGCAGUGGCUACUUUCCUUCAACGGUUUCCUCCUGUCAGAACACUCUCAACAUCCUUGACAGCAUCAGCAGGUCAACUACAUCCGUAGUUCUCCCCCCACCAGAUUCAGAACAUCAGAACAUCAGUAUACUCUCAGCAAUCCCGCUUGAUCUUCCGGCUGGGAUGGACAUCGCAUCGAUGGUUCUGAACACAUCACCCAUCACCCUCCCCAGCAUGGACAGAUCAACCCCCACAAGCAUUGAGUUUGCGCAGCCGCAACAAUGCAGCAACAGCAUGAUCAACAGAUGUGCGGUUGACUUGCCUGAUAUAGGCAACAAUGUGAACGGUGCUACACGGUCCAUCAAUUUCCCAUUCAGUAUGCAAGGAUCGAUUUCUGAUGACUGGAGGGCGACCGUGCCUUGGGACUCACUCCCUUGCACGACAGAGGUCUCGACAAAUUACCACUCGACCAAGUGCUACACUUAGUUCGUAUUCUGUAGCAAUGUAGCAUUGGUUUUACUUUUUAGAGUGCAGUAGGCAGUAAUCGUAUCUACCUCCAUCUGCUACUAUUAUUGUUAGCAUGUAGAGGUAUUAGAAUUUCGUUGUGUUAACGAAUGAAGCUAACUAGGAUCAUCAGAAAGUAAGGUGACACUAUGUAGGAUGCAUUCGCGGAGCUGAUCACCCUUUUGUGCAACGCAGUAGCUGCUGUGGUCGUGUAAUGAGUAAGCGUAAAUCAGUUCCAGUUUUGUCAAUAGUUUGCAUGUA